AUGGACGCCGUCGAUGAUGGAUCCCCGACCCUCUUCCAGUUCCAAUCCCCUCAUCCACCGGCGGAGGCGGCCUCCGCCAUGACGACGACGACGCCCACGAGGAGCAAUUCCCUCGGGAAGCCCAAAACCCAGGGCAAGAGAAGCCACAAAUCGGCCCCAAAACCGCCUCCGAUCCUCCCAAUCCUCUCCGCCGCCGCCACGACGGCGCAAUGUUUCGUUACCGCAAUUCGACGUUCCAUAAGCUCCUCGAACUCCUCACUCACCCCUUCAUUUACAUCCUGCCUCCCGCCGGCCAUACUUCCUGACGUGGCCCUCGCCGCCGCACUCUGCCGCCUCGCCCACGGUACGCCCUACGCCACCGUGGCCCGAUGGUUCGGCCUCGAUUCCCCGGAAGCCGCACGCCUCGUCGUCGGCCAAGCCGUCUGCGAGAACAUGUCGAUGGUCGUCGAGUUCUGGAAGGAAGCAGAGCGGACUCAGAUGGGAUUCCGGUGGGUGUCCCUCCCGAAUUGCUGCGGUGUUCUAGGGUUUCAGCGAUUUGGGUUCGAGAACAGAGAAUUGGGCGGCACCAGUGGGUCCUUCCUGGUUCAGGCAGUGGUCGAUACGGAUGGCAGUCGAGUUUCUCCCCUCCCCUCCGUGAUCGUGAUGGGUUGUGUUCUGCAUAACUUUUUGAUCAAUGCCAAGGAGCCAUUCCCCGAGGAAUGCCAGGAGCUCGGUGGAUUACAGCAGCGUGAGCAGUUUCCAGUUUACAAAGCAGUUGUGAAUGAGAAGGCAAAGUGGACCAGAGACAAGCUUGCACGUCAUUUAGGCUGGCAGGGUGUGCUUCGGGAGAAUGGUUGGGAAACCACUGAGAAGAAAUUUGCAAUGGAGGACGCCGACUCCGACGUCAUCGAGAUUUCCCCGCUCUCCCUCCCGCCUUCCCACUUUGCCAGGAACAGAAAACGUGAACAGGGCAACGGUAAAGCUACCAAGGAUGUAAACGUUGUCAAUCUUGUUGAAGAUAAGGAGAUCAACCUGAAGUUCCAAGCAUACCACGAUAUAUGUGAGGGUCUACGAGUCGAGAAUAUGGACCUAUUGAGGGCUGUAAUUUUAGGCGCGGACAGAACUCCUUACCACGACGGUCUGUUCUGCUUCCAAGUGCUCCGCCGGUAUGUAUAUAUGGCCCUUCUAGGAACAUGGACCACUUUUAACAAAGCUGAGAACUGGCAGCCUGGGGUUUCGAAUGUGAUGCAGCACUUUGAGGACUUGGUGAGGGGCCAUUUCCACAGCCGGGCCAAGGACAUCAUGGUGGCGUGCAGAGCGUACAUGUCCGAUGCUCGAGUUGGAUGUGUGACGAAGAAGAAGAGGAAGAAGGGCGGAAUCCGGGAUCUCGAAGAAGGGUCGCAGCUCGCCAGAGUUCAGGAAGGACUUAGCUGCACAAAAGGGAAUGCUGGUGCAAGCUUUCACCGAACUUGGAGUAAAAAACCUAUGAAGGUGCAGUAACUAGUGAAUCUACAGCUGAUGAAUGUGUGUUUGAGCAAUCGGAGACUGAAACAUCAAAAUGACUCAACGGGCGGAGACACUUAGAGCCCACCAUUGUUUUGGACAUGACCACUCAUUCUGCACCAAAACAUUCAAUACGUGAAAACAUGUUGGGGGCCCACCAGCAAAAGGCCCAAUGUUUUCUAGGGUUAUAAAAAUGCAACUUCUGGGAAAUGGAAAUAAAAGAAUGCAGGAAUGGAAUUUGAUCAUAUGAUAUUGUGAAAUCUACAAAUUCAGCAGAAACUCCUACUUUAUCCAACUUUAUGUAUCAUAGAUUUUAGAC